UAUUACUAUGUUGCCUUUUUUACAGAGUAUAUUCUCAGCACUCCAGUUGAAACAUGGACAGCAUCCAUGGUGAGCAAAUGGUUAGCCUCAAUAGAAGUAAAAAAAGAAUACAUCAUGAAACUUCAUGAACAGGAAGUAGAUGGCCAAGCCCUACUUACAAUCAAAGAAAAAAAUCUGAAAAAAAAGACUGGAAUGAAACAAGGCUCUGCGCUUUGGAUAUUAGAGAACAGAGAUGAGUUAGUUGAUAUCCAGAAAGCUCAGAAGCAGCAAAAUAAUGAACUUGAAAGUUUUGCUGGAAACAGUGAUCUAGGUGCUGCAUCCGUCAAGGACUUCUCAGCCACAAGUACCCAAAAAGAAGAUAUUAAAAAGGAUAACAUAACCCCUCCAACAAGAAGAGUAGACUCAAAGCCACGACCUUUUGGCAAAAACUUUGAUUAUCCAUAUGUGAAGCACGAAGUUCUUCAGCCUGAAACAGGUCCCUCAGAUCUGAUAACGCCUUGUCAUGAGUACAAAGCCUUUGAUAUAGCUUCAACUUUAGAGCAUGAUGGUAAACUUCAAGCAAAGCUGGCAAAGGAAGUUUUCAAAUUUGCCACAGGAUGCAUGAAUGUUAGAUCAAAUGGCACAAUACACUUUGGUGUAAUGGAUGGAGGAAGAAAUUCUGACUAUGUGCAUGGUGAAAUCAUUGGCAUACCUGUUAGAAAAAAGGAACUUUUUACUGAUGUGUUGAACAAAAUCGAAAGCUGUUUCAGAAAGAACUCUGAUGUUGUGUGGAAGUGUAUUCGACCACCUGAGUUCAUUCCAGUAAUCGAGCAUAACAGUACUGAACAGCGCUAUGUAGUUGAAUUUGAUGUUGUACCAUCAGUGAACGUUGUGAGGGAAAAGGUGUUCUUUGUUAGCUUACCAAACUUCAAGGAGGAGUCAAAUAAAUUUGAACUUGAAUAUAAAACAGUCUUUGUCAGAGUUGGCUCCAGUACAAAACCAGUUGAGGACAUGGAAAAUUUUUACCAAGGUGUCCAAAGCAGAGAUGCUCAAAGAGAGAAGGUGGAACGUGCCCAACAUUUCACAAGCCCAGACCUCUGCCAAGACCUUGGAAGAAAACUCAUCUCACUAAUAACAAGUGGGAAAAAACAAAUGGAGGAAAAUAAAUGGUACAUUAUUGUUACAAACAAGUUUCUACAGAAAGAUCUUAAUGACAUAGAUUUCCUGGUGAACAUGAAAUUAUUCUGUGUGUUUGACUUUGAUCCAGAUUCCAUGGUAUCUGGAUUAUGUCAAGAGUAUAAAAAGCACCAUACUGUGAACUCUCAUUUCAUGCAAAACUUUGAGGGUCACCUCCACUUGUUUGAACAAACGAGUUGGAUAUUCUGUAAUGGGCGAAAUGACUUCAAAGGCAAUGAGAAUCCUUGUGACGAAAAUACUUGGUGUAAAACAAAGAGGACUUUUCUUAAGGACUGUGUGUCAUUGAUCUGUAAAUAUAUUUUGCCCAAGGGGAUCUUUCUUGUAAUCUUCCUUCUCACAUCACCAGUUGAGACACCUCUCCUCAACACAUUCUAUGAGUUUUUUACAGACAUGAAUGGUCAUGAUGACAUCAUUUGCAUCUCAGAAUCACCAGAGAAUUUUCAAAAAUGGCAGCAUUUUGCUCUUCAGUCAUGUGACAUGGAAACUGUGAAUAGAUCAAGUGUUGUAGGUAUGAAAAUGAGCCAUAUCAAUGCAACUCUUCAAGGAAUCCAGAACACCACUACUCGAGUGGCUAAACUCUUGCCUGUGUAUGUGAAAGCCACAUGCCAUCUUCAGAAACGUGAGGAGGAAAAGAUGUGUUUCUUGGAAAUUUUAAGUGUCAACCAUUGUGAGGACUCCAGCCCUGAAUUCAUUGAGUCAGAGAAGGACAGAAUAGAGAGAGACUUUUAUCGUGGAGCAAAAGUGACAUGGAUGAACUUCUGGCUUGCAGAGCAAAGUUUUGUUGGGGAAAUGAUUAAAAGAGAUGUUUAUCAAGAUGUAACUAAACUUGUGGCAGACUCUCUUAAAUUUGGUAUAAAUCAGAUGCCUAUCAGUGGCAUCAACAUAUACCAUCAUCCUGGUAGUGGUGGGAGUACAGUAGCAAGGCAGGUUUUGUGGAACCACAGAAAAGAUCUAAGGUGUGCAGUUGUAAAACCGUCAUACUCUGCUAUCACAGUUGCAGAACAUGCUGUUAUACUCCGAGAGUAUGAGGAAAAAGACCCACAGAAAUGCCUUCCUGUUCUCUUACUCAUUGAGGAUUGUGACAAAGAGUAUUUAGAAGACUUGAAGAAUGAAUUAGAGAAGGCUGUUAACACCAAGAAAAUUGCACAUGGAAUACCAUGCUUCAUUCUUCUCAGUUGUAGACGAUCCAACACUCCGGAGAAAAUGUGUAAGGAGUCACCCUUACUGAAUGUUUCUGUAACACACAAACUUUCAGCAAAAGAGCAAAGACAGUUUGCAAGAAAAAGGCAAAUUCUUGUGCAACAGGUCCAGCCAGAGUUCAUCCUGACAUUUGUCUUAAUGUGUGAGGAAUUCGAACACCAGACCAUUGCUAAAUAUGUCAAACAGUUUGUUCAAAAUUUAGUACAGGACAUUGAUUCUACAUCUGAUGUCACCAAACUAAUUAGCUACAUAGCUUUGCUUAAUACAUAUGUGGAGAACUCUUUUAUUUCUCAGUCACAUUGUGAAGACUUCCUUUCUCUACAGGUCCCUAUUCGUGGAAAAAGAUUUCAACAACAUACAUUUGAGAGCUCUUUGAGUGAUCAGGCUAAAUUGGUCCUCAUACAUUUGAGAGAUGAAAAAACCCAUAUUAAAUCAAUCAGAAUCAUUCACCAGCUGGUGGCAAAUGAAAUUCUCAGUCAGCUUUUGGGUGACAAACAACAAAGUGACCUUGCACUUGACCUUCUUCACAAUGACAAACUCUUUGAACACAGAUUCGGGAGAGAAGAUUACAGAAAAUUUCUACGUGAACUCUUCAUAAGACGAUACAAAAUAAGUAAAGGUGAUAAAUCAGACAGUCUUUUCUCUCCUCUCAUUGAGCAUGUGCGAAAAAAUGAAAAUCCUGGAAAAGCUAUUGAGCUUCUCCAAGAGGCAUACAAAAGAUUCAAAAAGAAUGCAUAUGUUGCUCAGCAGCUAGCUCGUCUGAGUUACUGGCAUGAAAAAUUUGAAGAGGCAGAACAGUGGGCAGAAACGGCAGCAACUAUACUGCGUAACAAUUCCUACAUUCUUGACACCAGAGGUCAGGUAUACAGAAGAUGGUUCACGGCAAAAUGCAAAGCUUUGGAGAAUACCCAUAAAACAGCAGAAAGCACUGCAGAUGCCAUUGAGACAGCACUUAAAGCCAUUGCAUGUUUUCAGGAAUGUCAGAAUGCAGCAGUUGUAGAAGCUGACUCAAUGAAUAAUUCUGGAUUCUUUGGCAUUGUAGAGGUGGGGUGCAGCUUGUUAGAGCUAAUUUCUUCAAUUGAUAUGUUCUCAGAUAAGCAUGGUCAACCUGAAUUAAAGAAGUACUUGCUCACAGAACACAUUCCAAAAGAAAUUGAUAAACCAUGGGAGCACUUACACGGUAAACUCAAAAACCUCCAGUACACGAUGCACGAAGCCCUGGAGUGGAUAUCAGAGGAACUAAGUUAUUUCCAGACAGAUCUAAAUACACAUGAAGAGGAAACCUCUAAAAGCAGUGAGAUGACCAUUCGUCGUCCAAAGAAUUGGCUGGUAUCCAAGGCCUCUGUUUAUGGCAAGUACUUUAGUGAGGAUUCACUCACCACAGCAUCUAGUAACUUGCAGUCUGAUGCUGCUGAAAUAACUUCCUUUAUGAAACGCAUGAUUAUCUACCAGCUUGGUGGAGGAAAUUUCACAACGAUAUUUUCUAUCCUAGACCCGAAACACAAAGACCAAGUGAAGAUUUUAGAGGACAUAAUUUCAAUGUAUCGCAAGAGUGCUAACAUUGAGCAAGCAGAUCUGGUCAACUACAUAGCAUCAAAUUUUGCCUUAAGCGCAGUCUCACCCCAGUCACGGUGCCUGGCUUUCCUUAAGGAUCUACAAAAACUGAGCAAUUCUUUUUUAAAGGACAAGUCAAGAUGCCCAUCAAGUGCUUUAUUUUUAUGCACUUUAUUGUUCUGGCCAGAAUCAUUUGACAGUGACCAAGAAAAAGAAAGUAAAUAUAAAACCAUUCUUACUGCCGUUAAAUUCCUUCAACAAACAUACUGGACCAAAAUGAAGGACAUCCCUCCUAGAAAGAGACGAAUAUACACUCAUUUCUUUCUGGGAAAUGGACAUGCGUAUGAUAAAUUCGUCCACAAGAGUAAGAUCAGAAACUUUCCCUCAGUUUCUGAGCAGCGUCUUAAAUGGGUGGAGGGGGAAAUCUUCAAAACACCAGAAACUGCUGCCAUGCUCAAGCGUGUGAACGGCUGGACAGAGAAUCGUACUGUGUACCUCAUGGGUCCUAAAACUGAAAACUUUCCCAUUCAUGCUCUUAAUGAACACUCUCUACCUGCUGGCAAUGAGAAUGUCACCUUCUAUUUAGGCUUUACUUUCAAAGGGCCUGUUGCAUGUGACAUCACUGUAGGACAGUAAUAUGAAUGCCAAAAGAAACUGUAGCUAACUGAUAAGUCGAAAGACAUUUGGUUUAGUAUGCUUAACCAAGAUUCUGACACUAGUGCUAACUGUCAAGCACUUUUUUUUUGUUUGAUCAGUGGGAAAUGUAUUCUUGCUUUCAGUAAUGUAAUGAUUUAUGAGUUUAUUUACAUGCAUGGUUCCAAUGACCAAUAUACAAGGUCACAUUUUAUUAGUGUUCCUCAAAACCUGACUUUUCCACUUUUGUAAUUCAUAUAUAUCUUUAUGACUGUGUGAUUUGAAUUUUUGUUUGAUAUAUAUGCAUAUAAUUACUCUAUACCAAUAUACAAGGUCACAUUUUAUUAGUGUUCCUCAAAAC